UGCUGCAUUUAUAACACAUGUCUUCACUCUUGUUAAUGUAAUUAAGUGGUGUAAGAAGAGUUGAUGUCUCUUAAGACAUAUUACGAGUGUUAAGAACGUGAGCCUUUUUUGUCACACUCAGUCAUUAGUGGUGUAGUGUGGUGGAGUGAAAGAGGUUUUAGAAGAGGAGGUUAGCUAAAGAAGAAAGCACCUACACCAUGACAAAGGUAGCUUUGGUUUUCAAGUGCUCCCUCUUAUUAAUGACCUGCUGUUUUCUAGUGUCAACAAUGGAAACAUCAGUGCAAGACAAGGCAGAUGCAGGGAUUUCAGUGACAACCCUUUCACCCCCAGAAGGAAACACAACUUUCCUUGAUGGCACCACAUGGUGUGUGGCACUGGCAGGUGUCUCCCAGAUUGACUUGCAGAAUGCAUUAGACUGGGCAUGUGGACUGGGAAUGUCUGAUUGUGGUGCAAUCCAGGAGGGAGGAAAAUGUUAUGAGCCUGACACACUCCUUUCUCAUGCUUCUUAUGCCUUCAAUAAUUACUACCAACAGAAUGGGAACUCCGAUAUCGCUUGCAAUUUCGGAGGAACGGCCACUUUAACAAAAAAUAACCCCAGCUAUGGAAAGUGUCUGUAUGCAGCACCAGGGUCUGAUAGGUCAGCAACACCUCCUUUGUCCAAGCAUAAAUCAAGCUUUUUAUGGUGGGAAAUUGUAGGGAUUUUACUGCUUUUGUACAAGGGAAGCUAAUGCAAGGUUUAGUUUUACCCUGAAUUUGUGAUUUUUAUGCUUGGGAAUGUAAUGUCAGAUGGAAUUAAAGCGUAUGGCAACGUAUUACUAUUAUAAAUAUUAUCUGAUUCCUAUCUUUGUAAUUGGUUUAGGAAUCUAAUAUUUUAUAUCACUUUAUUUUAUUUAUAUUAA